AUGCCGGCGGACGUAGCACCGGGAACAACAUAUUUGCCUUCGGUUGGGCUACUUUAUAUUUUCAACUUGAUAGUUGGUACAGGUGCUUUAGCUCUGCCUAAAGCAUUCCAAACUGCCGGAUGGGGUUUGAGUAUUGUUGUUCUAGCUGUUUCAGCUCUUAUCAGUUAUGUCGCCGCUACUUUUGUUAUUGAGGCUUUGUCUGUUGCAAAUGCUGUCCAUGCGAAGACAACCCGACGCUCCUCGACUACUGAUUAUGAUGAUGUUUCCGUAAGUGAAGGAGGACCAUCGUCCUUCGAGAUCGUACAACGUUUCGAAGUGAGUCAAAUGGCUAGCAUGUUCUUAGGUCCAAAAGCCGUUUUCUUCUCACAUCUCUUCAUGAAUGUUUAUUUAUUUGGAGAUUUGGCUAUCUAUUCCACAACUGUACCAAAGUCAGCAAUGAACAUUCUGUGUUCGGGAUUCAAUGCGUCCCUUGUCACCUCUCAAGAUCCAUGUUGGGCACACUUUCCUCUCUUCUUCACCAGAAUGAAUGUUUAUCGGAUUUGUGUGAUAGGCUUCAUCAUUGCUUGUUUACCUAUGGUUCUUGCUGGAAUUACGAAGACGAAGUAUCUGCAAUUGGCAACAACACUCUCGCGCUGGUCCGCUUUUAUUCUUAUGAUUUGCCUUGCUACUUCUCAGCUAAUCAGUGACGGCCCCGGAGGAAAGCCUCCUGCUGCUAACGUUCACGGAUUUGGAUCUCUCUUCGGAUGUGCAGUUUAUGCCUUCAUGUGUCAUCAUAGUAUUCCAGGACUUGUUACUCCUAUGAGCUCAAAAGCUGGAAUUUUCGGGAAGCUCAGCAUGAUCUAUAUGGUAGUUUUAAUGUUCUAUUUCACCUUAUCACUAACAGGUGCAUUCACCUUCGAACAUGUGCAGGAUAUUUACACUCUCAAUUUCUGGCACGAUGACUACACCUCAGCAUUCUAUCUUGUGAUUGAUUACUUCUUAGCCUUGUUUCCUGUUUUCACCCUCACAACUAAUUAUCCUAUCGUUGCUAUCACUUUAAUUAAUAAUGUUAAAGUUGUGAAAGAUAUGUUCUAUCCUCAGGGUAGUGGAAGUACACUCUCUGAAGAAGAAACUUUGCUAUCAGAUGAUGAUGAAGUAGCUCCGAGACCACGUAGCUCUAGUCUUCGAUCCGAAACUAGAACUCCUUCGGAUAUCCUCAUACCUCUGAUUGUUAUCGGUCUACCUACUUUGAUUAGCUUAGCUACUGAUAAUGUUCUGCUCUUGGCUGCAGCAACUGGAAGUUAUCCUGGUGUUGGAGUUCAAUUCAUCAUUCCAUGCUUACUGGUGCUGAGUGCACGCAAAAUAGCAAAGUCCCAAUUGAAUUUCCCCGUUCCUAAGAAGAACGCUAGUCCUUUCCAAUCCGAUGCAUGGCCCAUUUUUAUGUUCCUCUGGGCAAUAUUUUCCAUACUCAUGGUGACUUUUAAUUUGAUUGGUGUGCAGUUUUAA